AUGUAUCUUCCACGGCAGCUCAUCUCUCACUUAUACCUGCAACUUCUCCGAUCUCAUCACCCACUCUCUCCACCAGUACUUCUUCUUGUGGCUCUUGAGCCUGAUGCUCUGUGCGCCUGUCGGAUCCUUACAGCUUUACUAAAACGCGACUACAUCCCCCACAAGAUCCAGCCUGUCGCCGGAUAUGGCGACUUGUCGCGCGCAGGGGAGGAGCUGGUUCGGCCGAUGCAGACUACAAAUGGUGGCACUGGAGGUGUGGUGAUCUGCCUUGGAGUAGGUGGUCUAGUCGAUCUCGCAGAGACUCUGUCCUUGCAUAAUACGGAGGAGGGAGGGGAUGAUUUUGGUGGUGUGGAGAUCUGGGUGUUCGACUCGCGCCGGCCAUGGAACCUAGCGAACAUCUUUGGCGGACAGCCCAGUGUGGACUCUGCUAUGGCUGAGAUGGAUGGUAAUGCACGUCGACGCGGACGUGGAGUAGACAACGGGUGCAUCACUCCUGCCUACACGUCGAAACAUGGUGGUAUCAUCGUGUUUGACGAUGGAGAUAUUGAAGAGGAAUUGGGCAAGGAACGAGAGGCCUAUUACGCAUUAUUGGAGAUGCCCGAGGUGGAUGACGACGACGAUUACGCGAGUGAAGAUGGUAUGGAUGACGACGAUCCGCAGCCUGGAAAGAAACGUAAAUCAUGGUCUGGCCGUGAAGAUGAGGACGGCUCAGAUGAAGACGAUGAGCCUCCCCAUCAACGGGUACGAAGUAAUUCGGGCUCUUCAUUGGUUUCAUCUCCAACGCGAUCAAGAAAAUCAUCUGGCUCCCCGACACCAAAACAGCCAUCGGCACGAGCUUUAAAACGGCGCCUCAUUGGGAUCAAGAGGGACCAAGAAGGCGUUUUGCACUCUUAUUACUCUAACGGAACCUCAUAUGCGGAGCCGAUCUCUUCCCUAAUAUACUCAUUGGCCUCAGAACUUGGCCGUGAAGACAAUGACCUUCUCUGGCUUGGGAUUGUCGGUGUCGCUAGCUUGGAGCUCAGCGGCCGAACAAUGACUGGUGUAGGAAUUUCCAACACAUCAGAAUCGGGAGGAUCUGCGGGUUGGGGUGGACAACGGGGAGAACAUAUUCGUCAGAUUCUUAGAGAUGAAGUACACAGACUGAACCCUCCAGACCCAUUGGAGCGCGAUCGAGAUAUCAGGGGUGAAAUCAACGGUAUCAUUCCGACGACUGCUAGAUCCCCUACCGACACAUCUAUUCGAAUUUCUCCUGAGCCGCGAUUCUUGCUUGUACGGCACUGGUCACUAUACGAGAGCAUGCUUCAUAGCCCUUUCCUUGCCCCGAAGCUGCACGUCUGGACAGAAUAUGGUCGUAAACGAUUACACAAAUUUCUCGCAAAGAUGGGCAUCAGCCUGACUCAAUGUCAUCAAUUUUAUACGCACAUGGAUAUGGAACUCAAACGGGGGCUACGAGGGCGGCUUCUCCAAUACGCGCCUAUGUAUGGUCUGGACGGCCUCGUUCCUAACGAGGCUUCCGCAGGUUCUGCCAGUUCUCGUGAAGGUUGGGGUUUCGUUCGAUGCUGGGGUUGGAAGGCGUGUCUUUCUGCCACCGACGUAGGUGUUCUUCUGGGUGCCAUACUCGAAGUUGGUCCACACAAAGCAUCUGUACCGUGGGAUGCCAGGCGUGCCCCUCGAACAGAGACCGCGAACGAAGUAGGGUCUGCGGAAUCUGAUAUGACUAGUCUUUUACCUCGAUUCUGGAGUGCAUAUGAUGCCCUCUCGCUGACAUCUGAGUCGCCUACUCUUCUGAUGGAAGCAUUGCCACUAGCCCAGCAUCUCCACCGUGCUAUCCUUCGAACUGGCUCCUCUCUACUUUCGAAGCAUCAAAUCCGCCAUCUCAAGACGUUCCGUAUUGCUGUCGUCAAGGAUGGACCCGAUGUAAAGCUUUUUUCGAAUGCGGGAGCUUUGACCAAGUUGGCUUUGUGGCUUGCGGAAGCUAUUAGAGUCCAGGAACGUGAAAAAGACACCUACAAGAUGGGCCGAAAGCGAGCUGCCGGCACUCCUCUCGUGCUUGCUGGAUUUGAUGAGGAACGCGACCUUUAUGUGGUUGUGGGCACUGGUGGUGGUGGGGGUGUGGUUGAUCAUGCUGCUUUGUUAAGACGCAAAGAGGAGCGUGUCAAGAAGAAGGCGGCCAGAGAAAAGAAACAAAAAGAGCGUGCUGAACGAAGAGCCAAGCGAGCAGCCGAACGUGCACAGCGUGACGAAGAGGAUGAGGAAGAGGAUUCUGAUGAGUCUGAGUCUUCAUCCGAAUCCGAGUCAGAAGAUGAAGAAGACCAGAGUGGGAAGAGACACUUGUUGCGUAAUCGAUUUGGUAUUGCCUUCCAAGAAGUGGUCCAUGAUACCAAAGCCCGCGUCCGCAUUGACAGCUUCGAGCACUGCGUGGUCGAAGUACGGAAGGACGAUCUCGGCAACUUUCUGGAGACUUUGAGUCUCCGCGAAGUGGUGGGCUAA